ACACAAUUAAACCUUAUCGGAUCGACAAGAAUAUUGAAUUAAUGCCCCAGUAUACAAGUCUUAAAUAACCUGUUUGAAAAAAAAGUCUACUUGAUUGGACUUGCUGAAUAGUUAUAGGCAAAGUCGUGUUGUGACUUCAUUUAAAUGUACAUGGAAUCGAAUAUUUUGAUUUCUCACGAGAACUGAAAUGAAAGAAAUGGAGACUUGAAAAAUCUGGUUCAAUCAAUAUUUGAGGGAAUAUUGUGUGUAUAUAUUUCAAAGUAUAAAGUGUAAGAAGAUAGUGUUAACAAUGUUGUUUAUACCGUAGCCAUGACCGGAGGAGGUGAAAAAAUGCAGGACUCCGGAACGCAAUCGGAAACUCCACAGAUCCCACUGGAGUCAGUUCCUGAGGAGCCGGACGAAGAAUACGAAAUAGAGCCAGACUUGACUCGGGAAGUGUCGACACCAAAUGUUCGGAUACCAUCUCAAUCAGCACGUGCAACCCUCGUAAGGACACCUGCGACGCGGGAAAAGACCACAUCGCCUUUAGUGUUUAACGAGGAAGAAGAGUUCAAAAAGGAUGAAGAAGACAACAUUUUAAUUACUGAGAUUAAGCCGACAGAAUAUCAGGAGGUAGAGUUCGAGGUUGAAGUGGAGCAGGAGGAAGAUUCGGUGUCUCAAGGAAGCGAGGAACUUAAACAUGUAGCAGUGGAGCCAAUAGAGGCCGAACCCAAGGAGGAAGACUAUGAUACCGAUCUUGAAAUCGAAGAAGAGACAUUUGUACAUGAUACAACUGGUCGAUCUCACUACACAAAAAUAUGCCAUCAGCUUGGUUUAGUACCAAUCUCAUACUUUAUGCGGCAUAUCCAGGACACGGAGCUAGCUAUGAGAUACCACGGACUGGGACCAAGCUCAGCAAGAGCAAUUGCGCUAGUGUUAAAGGAUACCAUUACGUUAGAAAAACUAGACUUACGUGGGAAUUGGAUAGAGGGAGAAGGUGGUGAAGCGGUGGCGCGCAUGCUCGAAGAAAACGAUUACGUCACCGAUGUGUGCCUUGCAGACAACAAACUUGGACUUACUGGUGCUGAGAGCUUAUGUAGAAUGUUAAGCACUAACGCAGGCCUUCGCAAGUUGGAUAUUUCAGACAAUGGAUUCGGCACAGUAGAGGCAGCAGUGAUAGCGCAGGCCCUCGAGACAAACAAAUAUCUUAAAGUGCUGAACUUGAGUCAUAACCGUUUUGAUGAACAAGCUGGGGAAAUUUUGGGUCCCGCAAUAGGUGCCAAUGACAUCUUGGAUGUUUUGGAUCUAAGUUGGAAUUGUCUUCGACAAAAGGGCGCUGUCUCUGUAGCCAAGGGAAUCAAGGAAAACGUUAGGUUAAAGAAAUGCAGUCUUGCAUGGAACGGUUUUGGUCCAGAGGGUGGCGUGGCGAUCGCUGACGCUCUUAUGACCAACAACUCCCUCCAGGAAAUUGACAUCAGUGGUAACAGACUAAGUGCGGAUGUUGCCAUAAAAGUGGCUAAAGCCAUAAUGAGUAAUGACAAUAUCAGAAUACUCAAGAUGGGUAACAACCUUCUUACAACGGCAGGUGCAAUAGCGUUAGCAAAAGCUAUAAACGAAAGUGAAAGCAGUGAAAUGGAAGAGUUGGACUUAACUGAUGUCCCCGUUGAAUUUGAAUUCCUGCGCAUUAUUGAAGACAUCAAAGCCAAAAGACCCAAUUUUAAAGUUGCUCAUGGACCUAUAUUGAGAGUUGGGAAUACGACAGAAGAUCUAGGCAAACCCGCCAUUGAUCCAAAUCCGCGCCGGAAAAAAGACCCCAUAAUGGUGUUAGACCAGCACAUAGUGGUCAACGACUUCCGUCUCUUAGAUAUCCUUAAACGUUAUGACCCUGACAACUCUAUGACCCUUGAACCUCAGCAAUUUCUCGCCGCUUGUGAGGAACUAGCUAUACCUUAUGAUAGAGCUAAGGUAGAGGAAGCUGUCAAACGUCUUGUUGACCAGAAACCAGGAAAUGAGAAUGGCAGAAUCUACUUCGGAAAUUUCUUUGAUCAAGAGAAACUUCAGGAACACAUCAAAAAGUACCAAGAGAAGACUGAUAAUGAAACAUGAAUGUUUCCACUGGAAUUAUUUCUGUUCUCAAGUCUGCACUGUACACAUAUACUUAGUAUAUGGAAAAUUGGGAUCAGUGUCAAAUCUACAAUUGUAAACUGAAAGACACAUUUCACUUGCAUGGCAAUACAUUAAUGCAUUAUGUGACCUUCAUUACAACCCUUUUGUGCUAUUCAGCCUGUGCCAACCUUAAUAAGUGCCUACUUUUAAAGUUUAAAAAGAAUGCCCUGUGCCUUCUUUUACAAAUUGGGAGGAUUCCGUCCUGUAACCUCAACAGUUGUGAUAAUCUUCACUUUUAGCAGGAUAUUUUCAUAGACGACACAGAGAUAUUUAUUUCUACACAUCAGCUAAAAAUUAUUAAUAUCUAACAUCAAUAUUUAUAC